GGCAACGACAGUGCCUAGUCCGAAUUCCCUUCUUGCUAGGGCUUUUUUUUUUCCCCUUCUUCGCGUCUCUUCCUUUCUCUCAUUCGAUUCUCCGCCUACUCUCUAAUCCCUUUUUUCCAGUCGUUUACCGGUUUCCGGCGGGUAAUCUCCACUAGAUCCGUUCUGUUCUAUCGUAGCCGACGGCUGGUAUCUAAGGUUUAUGUUGGUUCGCCCGCCCUAAGCAUAAGCAUAACUCAACUGGUUUGGUCAAUACCUUGACAAAGAGAUCAUUACUUGUUUCAGUCUAUGAAGCAUAUAGUGAAAAUUUUGACAUUGUUGGUGGCCGUAUCAGCUCUAUGGAUUGGUCUCUUGCAGGCAUCUAUAAUACCACAUGGUCAUGCUUGGCUGUUACCCAUCUAUUUUAUCGUCUCCCUGGGAUGCUAUGGCCUAUUGAUGGUUGGAAUCGGUCUAAUGACAUUCCCAACAUGUCCUAGAGAAGGCCUGUUGUUACAGCAGGACAUUGAUGAGGCCAAAGAGUACCUUAAACACAAAGGGGUUGACAUAAAUUCUAAUUGACAGACUUCACCAUCAAUUGUUCGAUUAUGGGGAAGAACACACACUCAUCUCUAAGAGCCUUUUUGAUUUGAUUCUUUAUGGAAGGCAGUGAAUGUGGAUUCAUGUAUAGAACAGUUAAACGUUCAUGAUGAUUUUGUCAGUUGGUAACACAAUCUUGAUUUAUAAACA